AUGGGGUUCAAGCCUGCGGUGGCGGAGAGCGACUCGUUUGCGCAGGGGCGGCGGGGCGCGGCUUUCACCCAACCUGUGGAACCUGAUGAGGUUUUGAAGAUUAUGCCGGUGCAGAAGCGGACCCGAGUCGGCCAGCGCACCAGGUUCAAGGCGUUUGUUGCCAUUGGCGACUACAAUGGCCACGUCGGUCUGGGUGUUAAUUGCUCUAAGGAGGUGGCCAUUGCCAUCCGUGGGGCCAUCAUCCUGGCCAAGCUCUCCAUUGUCCCGGUCCGCAGAGGCUGCUGGGGGAACAAGAUCGGCACGCCCCACAUGGUCCCUUGCAAGGUGACAGGCCACUGCGGCUGUGUGCUGGUUCGCCUCAUCCCCACGCCCAGGGGCACUGGCAUUGUCUUGGCACCUGUGCCCCAGAUGCUGCUCAUGAUGGCUGGUGUCGAUGACUGCUACGGCUCAGCCAGGAGCUGCACUGCCACCCAGGGCAACUUCACCAAGGCCACCUUUGAUGCCAUCUCUAAGACCUACAGCCGCCUGACUCCCAGCCUUUGGAAGGAGAUGGUAUUCACCGAGUCUCCCUAUCAGGAAUUCACUGACCACCUUGUCAAGGCCCGCGCCAGAGUCUCUGUGCAGAGGACCCAGGCUCCAGCUGUGGCUACAACAUAGAGUUUUUAUACAAGAAUAAUAAAUUGAAUUAACUCUGAAAAACAAAAAUGUUACGAUAUACACGUUAUAUCUUAGUAGAACGGUUAGGCCGGAUCAGAAAGCUAAAUACCGCGCAUUCUCACUUGUAAGUGGGAGCUAAACGUUGAGUAUUUAGGGAGGGAAAGAUGGCGACAACAGA